CCCUGAACGGGGUACCAACCGAAUGCAGGGCACAAACUCAAACACAACCAUUUGCACUACGGACAAUUUAGCAUGCUAAAUCAAACAUGCUAACCACUGUAAUAAGUGUUCAUAUUGUUCACAGUGUCGCAGUGGGUAACGAGGAGCACGACUGCUUUGAAGAGACGCAUUCAUUCAUCCAGAAUCUGAAGACGGAAACAAGCAUGGCAUUUGCAGGGAUUUUGAAAGAAGAGGACAUCUCCGCAGCAGUUGAGGCUUGCCAAGAUCCAGGCACUUUCUGUCACAAGUCCUUCUUUGAACAAGUGGGGCUCCUCGGCAAAUCAAACAUAGAUAGUCAGAAGGUGUUUAAAGUCCUUGACCAAGACAAGAGCGGCUUUAUUGAGGAAGAGGAGCUCAAAUUCUUUCUCCAGAACUUCAUGGAAGAAGCCAGAGAGCUGACAGAUGCUGAGACCAAAGCUUUCCUAGCUGCUGCAGACUGUGAUGGAGAUGGAAAAAUUGGGAUGCAAGAAUUCUGUCUGCUGCUAAACUGAAAUGAUGAAUUAUCUGCCUAGAAUAUUUCUUACUUAUUUCUUACUUAUGUAAUGAGAAUGAGAAUGUUCAGUUGUAACGAUCAGACUGAUAGCUGAAUUUAAAAUAUUGUCUUUAAUGAUUGAUUGAACUAAUAAAAUAUAGUACUUCA